AUGGUGAAAUCUCUUCUGAAUCUCUGCCUCUCGGCAGUCUGCCAACACGAAUUAAACCAGGAGCUCAGCUUCAUUCCAGUCGAGUGUCGUCAGAAACUUUUGGAAUUCUUUUGCAGUCAUGAUCAGCUCUCCGCCUCAGACUGCUCCAACCUGGUGUGCUCGAAAUACUUUGGUUGCAACAUCCCAUCGCUAACAUUCUAUCUAUCAGCUGAGCUAACAGAUGACAUGCUUGGUCAACUGACCACCAACAACAAGUACGUUGAGAAGAUCACACUGGUUGACUGUCCGAAUGUUACGGACCUUGGCACGUUGGCUGUGACCAGGGGACAAUUGCUUCUGAGACAACUGGAACUGAGAGCCAUGCAUCAGUUGACGGAUGAGUGUCUGGAGAAUGUUUAUAGUCCGUAUCUGUACUCGGUGGAUUUGUCCGGGUGUGGAAAGAUCACUAGCACAGGAAUCAGAAACCUGAUCAUGAAUAACAAAAAUAUCAGAUGCCUCUACUUGAACACGUGCCGCUCACUGGACGAUCAGGUCCUGUAUGAUAUUGCCGAGCAUGUUGGAGAGAGACUUCAUGUUCUGGAGCUGGAUUUCCCAACAUCGCUAGCCGAUCCGGCAGCUGCUCUCCAUUAUCUGUCCUCGAAAUGUCCGAACCUCUCACAGCUGUCAUUGGCCAGAUUUUUCCAUGAGAGUCUGGAAGACGUUGAGAACAAUGUGCAAUUCGUGAUUGACGGUGUGAAUUUACGAGAUUUGGACCUUUAUGGCAACUUUUUCCAACUAAUGCCCCAGCUCCCUCCAACGGUCCAAUCGAUUCGGUUAUCAGUGUCUGGAGAAGAAGACUCGGAACAGUUAUUGGCGACGCUGAUGGACCAGCCAUUUCUCAGUUGUAUCAAUUUGAUUGUCUCCGUUCGGGAAGCGAAUAUACAAGCCGUCGACAACGCGAACCGUCUCCUCUGCACCAUCAUUCCACUACUUGGUCCCAAAAUUAUCAAACUCCAAAUCUCAGUUCCUCGUCUUUUCGAUGAACCCCUUCGUCUGGUAACCGAAUCACUUCCAAAUCUCACACAUUUAUCACUGGAAAUCAAUCAUUUGAACACGAAUAUCCUGCAAAAAUAUUUCGCCGGUGGAUCAAAAUCGAAUGCCAGCAAACUGAAAUGUUUGAAGAUUUGCCGAAUGCGUAUGACCUAUCGUGUGCUCUUUGCGAUUGCUCGCGGAGCCCGGAAUCUCACGGAUUUGGAAACUUCGCAUAUGCCAAGUGUCGAUGACAGAUUCCUAUGUCUUUUGGGUGGCAACUGUCGGCAGUUGAGAUGUUUGAAUAUCAAUGGAUGUCGAUUAGCUACUGAUAAGGGAUUAUCAGUGUUGGCGAGAGACGCAGACAACGAGACACGCUGCGUCUCUAGCUCCCUUGAAGAGACGCAGACAGUGGAAACUUUGUGUGCCCAUAUCUUGGCUCCUAGGCGUCCUAGAAAGUUGGUUUUUGGACGCUGUCCCCUCCGCGAAGUCCGUAUUCGUGGCACCGCCUGCACUGACAAAUCAAUCUACACGUUGGCUCAAUUCUGUCCAGAAUUGGAAUGGAUCUCGUAUGCGGAUUAUUCUGGAAGACCCAAAUUUUCAGACGCCGCACUUCAAUGUUUGAGGGAUUGUGUAUUCAGAAGGUCAUUUUUUCAGAAUUUCUGGAAUUCACAACGAAUCAGCGCUCCAAUCCUCUUCACCUUCUGGUAUACCCCAACCGGAUGGAGGUCCUUCUUUAUCGGUGUCGAUUUCACACUUUAG